AUGGAUGAUUUCACCCUCUUUGGUGAUGACUUUGAGGACUGCUUGAAGAAUUUGGAGCUCCUGCUUGAACGUUGUGAAGCCACACACUUGGUCCUUAACUGGGAGAAGUGUCACUUCAUGGUGAAAGAGGGAAUUUUCUUGGGACACAAAGUGAAUGCACAAGGAAUUAAAGUAGAUAGAGCUAAGGAAAAGCUUGUAAGUGCUCAUAUUAUGGUGACACCUGAUUGGAUCCAACCAUUUGAGAUAAUGUGUGAUGCCAGUGAUGUAGCUGCAGGGGCAGUUCUGGGAUCAUAUCUGGUGGGGAGCAAAGUGAUUGUACAUACGGAUCACUCAGCCUUGAAAUAUAUGUUGAGUAAGAAGGAGUCCAAGCCGCAUUUGAUACGCUGGGUGUUGUUUUUCCAAGAGUUUGACUUAGAGAUCAAAGAUCGGAAGGGCACAAAAAAUCAAGUCGCCAAUCUUCUAUCUCGACUUGAGAGACCUCCGAUUGAAACAGUUGAAAUAAGGGAAGAAUUCCCUGAUGAGCAGAUUUUCUCCAUUGUUGCGGUCUUCGAAUGGCCACCUUGGUAUGUUGAUGUAGCCAACUUUUUGGCUAGAAGAUGGUUACCUUGUGAUCUCUCUCGUGAUCAAACAAGGAAGCUUCAAGAUGGUGUGAUUCAAAGAUGUAUGCCUGAAGAAGAUAUGGCAAGCGUUCUGUCUCAUUGCCAUGAUGGAGCAGCUGGAGGACACUAUGGUGGAAAUCGCACUGCAACAAAGGUCAUGGAAAUCGGCUUCUAUUGUCCUACUUUGUACAAAGAUGCACGAGCAUAUGUAGCUGCAUGUGACAAGUGUCAAAGGGUAUGUAAUAUUAGCAAGAGGGACGAAAUGCCUCUCAACUCCAUUCUCGUAUGUGAAAUUUUUGACGCUUGGGGCAUUGACUUCAUGGGUCCAUUCCCAUUGUCACAUUCUUAUGAGUAUAUCCUAGUAGCCAUUGACUACGUAUCUAAGUGGGUUGAAGCAAUCCCUACUAGCACCAAUGAUGCUCGGGUGGUGUGUGAGAUCUUGCGGAAGAAAAUCUUUACCCGCUUUGGGACACCUCGAGUGAUUAUCAAUGACAAUGGGUCACACUUUGUGAACAAGCAGUUUGCUACACUGCUAUUCAAGUAUGGGGUCACACACAAAACAGAAACCUCGUACCAUGCCGAAACUAGUGGACAAGUUGAAGUGGCUAACCGUGAACUUAAAAGAAUUCUUGAAAAGACGGUUAGUGCUUCGCAUAAGGAUUGGUUUGUAAAGUUGGAGGAAGCUCUAUGGGCAUAUAGAACUGCGUUCAAAACAACCAUAGGGACUUCACCGUUCAAACUGGUGUAUGGAAAAUCAUGUCACCUACCUGUUGAGAUAGAACAUAAAGCUUAUUGGGCAAUUAAGAUGCUUAACCUUGAUCUUAUUCUUGCAGGUGAACACAUGUUGGCGCAGAUGAAUGCAUUGGAGGAGUUUAGACUGAACGCGUAUGAAAAUGCGCGGAUUUUCAAGGAAAAGACUAAAAGGUGGCAUGAUAGUCUGAUUAAGCCAAAGGAGUUUCAUGAAGGGGACAGAGUCUUACUGUACAAUAGUAGACUCAGAUUGUUCCAAGAAAAUUUAAGUCUAGAUGGACGGGACCGUAUGCGGUGA